CUUUAUGGUGUAUAAAUAUCAAUUUGUAACUUUAAAAAACCUUCAACAGGAAAAAAAAUAUCCAAAGCUUGAGACGCUGAAAAGGCUAAUCCAAAAAUACAGAAGCAAGAGCAAGAAGAAGAUGAUAUCACCCCCUCUGGUGAAUUCAUCAGUAAAAACAGCCAUUCCAUUCCCUAAAUUUUUAUCAAAAUCAAAACCUAAAUCAUUUGAAUUAGAAGGAAGACUGAUACUGACAGUGAAUGCUAGAGGCAGACAAGACAAGCCUUUGCAGAAAGGGAGGAAUGUCAGUAUCGAAGCUAUUCAAUCUGUGCAAGCCUUGAAAAGAGCCUAUUACAACGACAACAACAACAACAACAAAAAUAGCAGCACCAACGACGGCGACUCCUUGCGUCAUGUUUUCCGUUCCAAAUUCAGUCGAUUGUUGAAGCUUGAUAUGUUAGCGGUUCUCCGUGAACUCCUCCGCCAGAAUCAUUGCCUUUUGGCUCUCCAGGUUUUUGAAGAUAUUCGGAAAGAGUACUGGUAUAAGCCCCAGCCCUCUUUGUAUAAUGAUAUGAUUAAAGUAAUGGCUAGUAAUGGGCAUUUGGAGCAGGUUCAACUUCUUUGCGCAUACUUGAAAUCAGAAAAUAAUUUGGUGGUUGAAACUGAGGCAUUUGGUGCUCUUUUGACAACGUUGGUAAGUUUUAACCUCACUAGACUGGCAAUGGAAUGCUAUGAUUUCAUGAAAGCCGUUGGAUAUGAACCUGAUAGGUCUACCUUCAGAACGCUCAUCAAUGGUUUAGAAUCAAUUGGUGAAUCUAGUGCUUCAGCUAUUUUAAGGCAGGAUGCCCAAAAAUAUUAUGGUGAAUCUUUGGAAUUUUUAUUGGAGGAUGAGGCUGAGGAUGAGAUGACAGUGAGAUGGAGAUUAAAUGGCUAAUUGAAUUAAUUUAUUGUUCCAUCCUUGAUGAUGGAUAAAAAGUCACCUCUACAUUCCUUCACGUGUAACAACUUUUAAUGUAUCUCAUGGAGUGUCGUUGAACCCCCCCUGAGCUAGUGGGAUUUAAGAGAGUCAGUGGGAUUGCUUAUUGCAAUACCUGUUCAUGUUGGUGGUGUUUUACACAACAACCUUAUGGCUUUUAAAUGCUGUAAGCCCUUGCUUCGUUGUAAGCAUGUAAAUGACUCGUAAGAAUCAUUGCCACAUUUAUUCUUUUAUGCCAUCAUUGUUUAUAGUGACUAUAAGCUUCUAAUUUUCCCUGUUAAGGUUGGUUUUAGAUUUUUAAUCUUUUAAUUUGCAGGUAAGAAGAGUGACUUGUAUGUUUUUGUUCUUUUGAAAAAAUGUGAUAAUCAAUUACGUUUACACCGUGAUUUGAAGAUGGUUCAUUACAUGUGAUUGGCACUUAUUCCUCGUUGGAUAAGUAGCCUUGUGUAUUCAAUAAUCUGUCUACUUUUGAGAGUGUAGAGUUUGCUAGAUUAUUGAUCAAGCAUGUGAGAUGGUUGAAAUCACAAACUUAAUUUAUCCACUAGCUUUACCAUAUACUUUCCAGAAUAACAAAAAGCAUCAGGGAACAGCGUCUUCAAUAAAUAUGUACCAAUUCAAGAUAUAAAUAUAGGCACAAAAACAUGUUUGCUGUAUGUAUUCCUUUUUUUCAGAAAUGAAGCUUAUGUGUUGGCUUCUUGGCAGCAAUAAGGGAAAACAAGCUUUAGAGACCUUAAUUAAUGAUCUAACUUAAGUAAUUGUUUUUUUAUUUACAUUUAACCUGAAAAAAAAAAAGAACAUAAUAAUAUAACACGAGAGAGAGAUUUUUCUUGUCUACAGUGUGAGGGUUGCAAAUGACUUGGGAAGAGGAAAUGCUAAAGCUGCAAAAUUUUCCAUGAAAGUCACAUUGAGCACUUCAAUGUCCAUUGUAAUAUUCUUUUGGAUUCUGUGUUUGGUGUUUGGCCAUCAAAUUGCUUGCUUAUUUAGUAAUGAAGAGGAAGUUUCAGAAACUGUUUCAAGCCUCAUGUUGUUCUUGCUUUCUCUGUUCUGCUAAACAGUGUCCAGACAGUACUUUCAGCAUUGCUGUUGGCGCUGGUAGACAAGAUACUGUGGCUUGUGUCAAUAUUUGCUGCUAUUAUGUGGUUAGUGUGCCAUUAGGAUUUCUUCUAGCUUAUGUGGCUCACUUGCAAGUAACGCAAAUGCUGCCUCAGACAUCUCGAAAUGUUCUUUGGGGAAAUUGCACCAGCCACCAUAAUCUGAUGAAAGCCCGUAAUUUGGAGGGCAGAAAUCUGUGGCAGUGAGAAUGAUAGAAGGGCUACCCUGAAGACACCACAGGAUAUGGUCGACACAUCUAACCUCAAAGCAAGCUCCACAGUUAACUUCAUAUCAUCCUGAACUACAACUUACAUGGUUCAGGUUUUGACUCAUGAAUAUUGUCAUGGUUGCUCUUUUCCUUCGAUCCUGCGAGGUUAUGACUCUUGUACUUGGAAGGAGAUUGUUCGUAGUUUCCAGCAGCUUCAGUCUCAUGUUUCUUGGCUGGUAGGGGGUGGUCAACAAAUCAAUUUAUGUUCUUCUUCCUUUGAUUGCUUUUGUUCAUGAUUCCAUCUUGUGAAAUUUUUCUUUUAAUGGUGAGUUUUCUGUUAAAGCAGCCUAUUUAUCUUUAUUAUUGUAGGAGAUGCAUGUUGGUAUUGAUUUUGUUUCUUUCUCAUAGAUUUGGUUUGUUGAUGGUUUGCCUAAAUUUAGACAUUUGCUUUGGCUAAUUUUGAUUUUGCAUAGCCGCUUGCCGACUAAUUUUUUACAGUUUCAAAGAGGUAUGACUCUUUCUAGUCUAUGUAGUUUAUGUUCUAUGGAUAAGGAGCCUCUAUUGUAUCUUUUUCGCGAUUGUGUUGGAGUGCAGGCAUGGGGACAGCAGUGAAGUUUGCCUCCUAAUUCUUUUGGCGUGGAUGAUAUCGUGAUGUGGCUGCGUUUAAAUUUAUCCUUGCACAUGCCUUUGCGGAGGAAACGGAACAUGCCAAACGACAACGUUUUCAACUAGCGUGCACUUCCUCCUAGCUCUACUUCUAGGUUACAAUUUGCUUUUCUCUUUCGUGGAAAGAGCAGUCCACAAUCACUCAAACAGACUCCAUAGCUGAAGGGAAACUCGCACAGAAGAGAGAGAACAAAUAUGGUAGGGGCAUUCUGGGGAACAAGAGUAAUGGAGAUAGUGAAGAAGAGAUAGUGAAGAAGCACGACUCGGGAGGUCUAGUGUGGAAAAGAAUAAAACUCACUACUACCCGGAAAGCCAACGCCAAGAAGCGACUCCUUAGGGUCUGGCAGAAUGAAGCUGUCUUGAGGGCGUGUGCUGAACCACCACCUUCAAUAACUAAGGCUGAUGUGGCUGGAGUUGUUGAGAAAGAUGGCGUCGACACCCAAACUUAACCUGCAAAAUGAGUGAGAAUCAUAAUCUAGGAUGUCUUUUGAUUGCAAAUUUGAAGCCAGUUUUUGUGUCUGUCUGGUAUUAUUUAUGUUUUAGUCUCUGAUUUUAGUUCAUAUAUCACACCAGUGUAAAAUUGUUUCUAGAUUUGUAAGAUUAUUUUUAUCAAAGUUGGAUUUUUAGUUUUUUGCACUUGAAUACAAAGUUAUGUUACCUUUUUGCGUGUUGUUGUCA